AUGGAAGGCACUCAGACGCUAUCAGCUCGCACACUCCUGGGACUCCCGUGGGCUUUGAAGCCAUUUUUCACACUGUUCACUCACUGCUGUCCGCUACCAAGUGGUUUUCGUCUCCGGUCGACAAUGAUGUUGGGAUGGACGGUGACGGCUGUCGCACUGAUCGCCAUUUUCUUCCAGGACCAGCCAACGCCUUAUUUCCAAGACCGCAAGAUGAUCGGCACGCCACUCAGCGACUUGUCACCUCAGCAGAUGAACAAGAUCAACCUCGACGCUCCGUCACACGGCGCCUUCUACGUUGUGCUCAUGUCGGUGGCUUCUGUAGGCUACGUCUUGGCAGACGUCGCAGCUGACGAACUGGUAAAUGACUCUGUUCUGAACAAAUACAGAGUAGUUGCCACAUUAGGAAGCUUCUUGUUCAUGGGAUUCGGCAUGAGCGGAUGGGACUAUGGUGGAGACUUCGACUUCACGCUGAAAUACACGCAAGUGAUGCUGCUUAUGGGGAUACUCUCGCUUCUGCUUGUGCUUUUGCUAAGUUUCACGUUAAGUGAGUCGCCACGUGACCGUCUCUCACUGCGCCAGUCUCUGAGCGAGAUUUGGGCGUUCAUGCAAAACUGCGGACUGAACCGCGUGCUCCUGUGUCGCUUUGCCGGGGGUGUUUUUGCCGGAGUGAGUGCUACAGCAGUGAAUCCGGUCGCAUUCUACUACGCUGGAGUGCAACCUCUGAACGAUACUGUCGUAUCCUUUGUGGCCAUUCUUGUCGUUUUAUACGCACUUAGCUGGGUGGGCAAGAAGGACUGGACCGUAGACUACCGCGCUGUGAUUGUCGUGGGCACGCUGGUGACGCUUGCACUGGAUUUGGGCGCUACAAUACUACACCAUUACAACUUUUGUGCUGACUGA